AUGGGGAACAGAUCACAAAUAAUCAGACGGCACCUUCAGGAUUUCCCGGCUCCGACCGCCACAUGGGUGGACUACCUUCCUUCCAAGAUACGUCCUUACUUUUAUCUCGCACGAGUCCACAGACCCUCUGGAAUACUUUUGCUAUUCUAUCCAUGCGCAUGGUCGGUUACCAUGACCUGCUACACGCUCGGUGCGCCGAUGACGACAGCAUGGACCUAUCUUGGAUUUUUCCUUGUAGCCUCCCAAGUGUUCUGUGCGACUGGGUGUAUAAUCGAUGACAUGUGGGACAAAGACAUCGACGCUGCCACUUCGCGAACACGCAAGCGACCCUUGGCUGCGGGUGAUCUCUCGAUGUUACAGGCAUUUGUGUUCCUUAUUUUGCAUUUGACCUUUGGUAUCUGGCUGUUUAUGCAGUUAAAUGCUUACAGGUAUGUUAUCUCACAUUCUUGGAUUAUUUUACUGUUUUUAUCAUUCCUCGCACCCCUCUUGAGUUUGAUUCUUGGACUCUCCUCCCUUGUUUUAGUUGUGUUGUAUCCUACCAUGAAGCGGGUAAUCGACUGGCCACAAGCUGUGCUUGGAAUGUGCUUCAGCUGGGGAUCAUUUUUGGGAACAGCUUCUGUUGCUGGAACGGUUGACUGGCAUAUAUAUAUCCCCCUAUAUAUGGGGAGUGUAUGCUGGACCAUCGUGUACGAUACUUGUUACGCCCGUCAAGACAGAGAUGAAGACAUCAUAAAUGGCGUCCACUCGACAGCAGUUGUUUUUGGGGACCAGAUCCGGCCUAUUCUCGUCAUGUUCUCCUGCGUUCUUUAUUCUUUGGUGUCGUACGCUGGGAUCCUGAACGGACAUAGCGUCUCAUUUUUCAUUGGUGUGACCCUUGGGGCACGCCACCUUAUCCGACUCAUCGCCAGGAUUGACUUUGAAAAUGAGGAGAGUUGCGAUGCUGUUCUCAUCAACAACACUUGGUUUGGCUUCUGGGUUUGGGCGGGAGCUAUGGUUGACUACGUUGUGAAGAUGCAAUCAUAG